AUUGAAAUUCAAACCAUCCAUUACAUUUCUCCCAAGAAGUAGUUGAGUUCAAUUGUCUAACCUCUCCAGUCUUUCGAGAUUGGAUUUGGGCUUACUUUCAAUCCAAAUUCCAUCCUCGCCUGAAGCAUUGUCUUAACAAAAUGAACAGUAGUUAUGUCAAAGUUGAUGAAGAGAAAGAGGAAAACUGGAAAAUCAGAGGCGUGGUCGUUGCUGUGACGUCAAUUAUUGUUGUGACUGCACUCGUUUUUGUGGCCAUCAAUGAUUCGGUCGGCUCAAAUGACAACAUUCAUCAUCAUCGUCAUGCUUGGAGAAGGCUCUCCACAGUGGCGAACUUGGCGUGUAGCAAAGCCCGUUAUCCCGAGCGAUGCAUCUCGUCCAUGGCUUCCUAUCCUGCUGAUCAGACUGCCAAGCUUCACGACCUCACUAACCUCGCUUUCCAAGUGAGCUUGCAAAGAGCUCAAAAAGCCCACGACUUCGCUCUAUCUAUCCAAAACAAUGUAACGAAUGAAAGAGAACGCGCGGCGUUGCAAGAUUGUUUAGAGCUAUUUGUAGAUACCAUCGAUCGUCUCAGCGUCUGCUCGAAUAACGGUUCGUUAGCUACAGACUCCCCAAUUUGGCUGAGUGCAGCUCUGACAAACCAGGAAACCUGCUUGAAUGGAUUUAGUGAUCUCAAUUUGGGUGCCAACAAUCCCAUCAGGGCUCUCAUGUCAUCCAGAGCUCUGAAUCUGUCAGAACUCAUCAGCAACUCGCUCUCCCUGUUCAAGCUCUCUACUUUGUCUCCCAAGACCAUUAAUAACCGCCACCUGCUAUCUGUAAACAAAAACGAAAACGGAGAUUUCUAUACCCACCAUGGCCUUGAGAGUGAAGAUGGAUUUCCCGAAUGGCUGUCAGCGGGAGAUCGCAAGUUAUUGCAGGCAUCAAGCCCUGUCAGCCAAGCGAGCGCGGUGGUAGCCCAAGACGGUUCCGGCAAUUACCGAACAAUCACCCAAGCAAUCAACGCUGCGCCUCAGAAGAGCAGCGAGAGAUAUAUCAUCUACAUUAAGGCCGGAACAUACAAGGAGAACAUCGCUAUAUCCAAAAAGAUAACCAAUUUGAUGUUGGUGGGAGACGGCAAGGAUAAAACUGUUGUGACUGGAAGCAAGAGCGUCCAAGACGGCGUCACUACCUUCAAAACUGCAACUGUGGCUGUUUCUGGUAACGGAUUCAUCGCAAGAGAUAUGACGUUUGAGAACACCGCGGGGCCGGAGAAGCACCAGGCCGUGGCUCUUCGAGUGGGAUCUGACCAGUCGGCCGUGUACCGGUGCAGCAUCAAAGGCUACCAAGACACUUUGUAUGUCUACUCCCUCCGCCAAUUCUACCGCGAAGUUGAUAUCUACGGCACUGUGGAUUUCAUAUUCGGCAACGCUGCGGUUGUCAUCCAGAAUAGCAAUAUCAUUGCCCGACGUCCCAUGAGCAACCAGAUCAACACAAUUACUGCCCAAGCAAGAACGGAUCCUAAUGAAAACACCGGAAUUUCCGUCCAGAAUUGCAUAGUGUCAGCGUCUUCCGAUCUCCAAGCUGUGAAAGGAUCCAUCAAGACAUACCUUGGGAGGCCGUGGAGGGAAUACUCUCGCACUGUGUUUAUGCAAUCCACACUGGGCGAUCACAUUGACCCUGCUGGUUGGUUGGAAUGGGACGGGAACUUUGCUCUCAGCACGUUAUACUACGGCGAAUACAGCAACACCGGAGGUGGGGCAGGAACGUCAAAUCGUGUGAAUUGGCCUGGUUUUCACGUGAUCACCAGUGCCACAGAAGCCUCUAAGUUUACAGCUGCUGAAUUCAUUUCUGGAAAUUCAUGGAUUCCAACUACAGGAGUCACUUUUACUUCAGGCUUGAACUGAUAUUUAUGAUAUACUUGUCUAUAGUAUUUUUACUGCUGUUGUAUUUAUUAUUUACAGCCUUCAGCUAAGAGACAACGUCAUUCUUUUAGUCAAUGGGUCUUUGUUGAUGAAGGUUUUAAUUGAGUUCAUCAGGGAUCAAGUCUUGCUGAGUGCAAGGUCUCAAUACCAUAAGGGAUGAGGUCCAGAUUGUUUAUAGUAAUUUUAUUGCUAUUGUAUU